GUGCUCCGGGAGGGCGUGCUGGAGAAGCGCAGCGGCGGGCUGCUGCAGCAGUGGAAGCGCAAGCGCUGCGUGCUCACCGAGCGCGGGCUGCAGCUCUUCGAGGCCAAGGGCGCCGGCGGCCGGCCCAAGGAGCUCAGCUUCGCCCGCAUCAAAGCCGUGGAGUGCGUGGAGAGCACCGGGCGCCACACCUACUUCACGCUGGUGACCGAGGGCGGCGGCGAGAUCGACUUCCGCUGCCCGCCCGAGGACCCCGGCUGGAACGCGCAGAUCACCCUGGGCCUGGUCAAGUUCAAGAACCAGCAGGCCAUCCAGACCGUGCGCGCCCGGCAGAGCCUCGGGACCGGGACCCUCGUGUCCUAG